AUGGCUGGGAACAAGGAUGAGCGUUUGGAGACUGGACUAUUCAGGUUGGAGGACAAGCUAGGAUCAGGCUCAUAUACUGUUGUACACCAUGUUCACAACAUUAUCAAUGGUCAAGAGGUUGCUAUCAAAUUAGAAUUAUGUAGCACCAGUACUGGUCACAUCUCCUCUGUCGAACAUGAGUAUAAUGUCUUGAAGCGACUUGAAGGUGCAGCUGGAGAGGCACCAUAUUAUGCAUUGGUGAUCAACAACCUGGGGCCAUCACUAUACAACAUCUUUCUCUCAUGUGGUAAUAAAUUCAGUCUCUGCAGUUUCAUCAUCUUAGGGGAGCAAUUAGUCUCUCAUCUGGAGUGUCUGCAUUCACGCAACUAUAUGCAUUGCGAUAUCAAGCCCCAAAAUGUGCUGGUAGGAACUAUUCAUAUCCCACAUCGUGACAAUUGCCCUCUUGUUGGUACACCUGCGUUUACUUCCAUCAAUGCCCACCUAGGAGUUGAAGGAGGGCGCUGUGAUGACAUUGAAUCCCUUGCAUAUAUGCUCAUCUAUUUCUUGCGUGGGUCUCUUCCAUUGUUGAGUGAUACUCACAUUUCAGAGGCCACCAUACUCAAGUGGAAGCAGGAAUUUCCAGUUGAAUCUUUGUGUCAUGGUCUACAUUGUGAAUUCGCAACCAUCCUCCUCUAUGCGUGUGCCCUCAACUUUUCACAAAAGCCGGACUACGACUACAUCCGUUUACUGCUUUGUGGUGUCUAUGCAAAGCACGCAAUACCAAAUGAUGGAUUGCUUGAUUUUAGCAAGUCUAUGAUCCAAGUCUACAACCCAUCAUCACAUUCACGCCCUCUUACCAUUGUAGAGAACAUGCAUGAGGCGCCAGUGGUCUGCAACCUACGUUCUGCACGUAAAUUAAAGGCAACAUCAAAAGACUCUAAACAUAGCAACAUGACCAUCAUGACACCACAGAGGGAGUAA